CUUCUAGGGUGUUAUUACCGCAGAUAUGACUGCAGCUUUGUACACCGAGAAUACAGAACAACAACUGGAUGCAACACAGAAGUUUAGGAAAUUAUUAUCUAGAGAACCCAAUCCGCCUAUCGACGAAGUGAUACAAACAGGAAUUGUUCCAAAAUUCGUGGAAUUUUUACAGAGAGAUGAUAAUUGCACUCUUCAAUUUGAAGCCGCUUGGGCAUUGACAAAUAUCGCUUCCGGAACAUCUCUGCAAACUAGGAUGGUGAUAGAAGCCGGUGCCGUACCUAUUUUUAUUCGAUUAUUACUAUCUGAAUAUGAAGACGUCCAAGAACAGGCAGUAUGGGCUUUAGGAAAUAUAGCUGGAGAUAGCCCAGAAUGUAGAGAUUACGUUUUGAACCAAAAAGUCUUAGUUCCAUUAUUACAAUUAUUAAAUAAAUCAUCUAGAAUAUCUAUGACAAGAAACAUUGCUUGGACGAUAUCCAAUUUAUGUAGAGGAAAAAAUCCUUCUCCGCAAUUUGAUCAGGUAUCUCCUUGUUUGCCAGCCUUAGCAAGGUUAUUGUUUCAUAAUGAUGGCGACGUUCUAGCGGAUACAUGUUGGGCUUUAUCGUAUCUCUCAGAUGGUCCAAAUUUGAAAAUACAAACAGUUAUUGAUUCUGGAGUGUGCAAUAGAUUGGUGGAAUUGCUAAUGUACAACAACCAGAAUGUGGUGUCUGCCGCACUAAGAGCGGUUGGAAAUAUUGUCACGGGAGACGACGUCCAGACGCAGGUAAUUUUAAACUGUAAUGCCCUCCCGUGUCUCCUAGCAUUGUUGUCUUCACCCAAAGAAUCGAUUCGUAAAGAGGCUUGUUGGACUAUAUCAAACAUAACUGCAGGAAACAGACAACAGAUACAGGCUGUAAUUGAUGCUGAAAUAUUUCCAAUUUUGACUGAAAUAAUGACAAAAGCAGAAUUUAAAACAAGGAAAGAAGCAGCUUGGGCAAUUACUAAUGCUACGUCGGGAGGUUCGCCAAAGCAAAUUAGAUAUUUAGUAGAGAAAGGAUGUAUUCCUCCAUUGUGUGAGCUAUUGACAGUAAUGGAUCCAAAGAUUGUCUUAGUUGCUCUGAAUGGUUUAGAAAACAUAUUAAGGCUAGGUGAAAAAGAUUCGAGAAACAAUGGUGGAGUUAAUCCCUAUGGUGUCAUGAUUGAGGAAUGCUACGGUCUAGAUAAAAUAGAGUUUCUACAAUCGCAUAAUAAUGCGGAUAUUUAUAAGAAGGCACUCCACAUUAUAGAACAUUAUUUUGGAACAGAAGAGGACAUAGAAGACAUAGUGCCAGCCAUUGAUGAAAAUAAUCAGCAGUUCCAGUUUGCAGUCGUGGAUCAGAAGGCGCCAGUCGGCGGAUACAGUUUUUGAUUUGAAAAAUCAUAUCUAAACGACACGACAAAUAACUAAAAUGACAAAAUUGAAGUUUUGGAAAAACUGUGUCCAAAAAAUGAACAUUGUGUUUAGAUAAUUCACAAUUAUAUAAACCAAAAUAUACAAAACAAAGUGAUAAAACUAAUUUAUAUUAGAUAUUGAAAUUUAUAAAAGACAUUCAUAUCUAAGUGUCAAUCUCAGUGCCAUGUUGCGUGAUAUGCGCUCUAAAUUUCAAAUUAGGAGAAAAAAAUCAAAUAGCCACUGGCGUGAAGAAAACAGCGAGAGUAUUUUUUCUCAUGAAUGGACAAUUUUCAAAUUCAAAGGAGGAUCAGGAGAUUCGACUUUAAAAACGAGGGGGAAAUGGCGAGGCUCUGUUUACGGUCGAUACGAAUAAUUUUUGUUGCGCCGACAGUUUAUAAAAAUGUAAAUAUGUUUAUAUUGUUAAUUUUCAUUCAUUUGAAAAUUUCUUUAAGAUAUUUAGUUGUUAUAUUAUCAAAUAAGAGAAUAAAUUUUUUGUUAAUUGUUAUUUUAAAAAUUAUCCUGUAAUUUUUGUUGUGGGAAAUGAAAUUGUUUGACUAUGUAACAGCAAUUGAGUCACAGAUUACAUAACAUAUUUAGUUAUAAAUUGUAUAUGUUAUCUGUCAAAUUAUGUAUUUUACAAAUAUUAAAGCUUUGAGCAGAAUAAAAGUUCUGAUGUUUAUAA